AGAGAAAACCAGGAACUCUGCUAUCAUGGCUGGGAAGCCCAAGCUUCAUUACUUCAAUGCACGAGGCAGAAUGGAAUCCAUCCGGUGGCUCUUGGCUGCAGCUGGAGUCGAGUUUGAAGAGAAAUUUUUACAAACUCCAGAAGACUUGGAUAAGUUAGUAAAUGACGGGAGUUUGAUGUUCCAGCAAGUGCCAAUGGUUGAAAUUGAUGGGAUGAAGCUGGUGCAGUCCAGAGCCAUUCUCAACUACAUUGCCACCAAAUACAACCUCUACGGGAAGGACAUAAAAGAGAGAGCCCUGAUUGAUAUGUAUGUAGAAGGUGUGGCAGAUUUGAGUGAGAUGAUCCUGCUUUUGCCAAUAGCACCACCUGGGGAAAAAGAUGCCAAGCUUCAGUUGAUCAAACAGAAAACAACAAACCGUUAUUUUCCUGCCUUUGAAAAGGUGUUAAAGAGCCACGGACAAGACUACCUUGUUGGCAACAAGCUGAGCAAGGCUGACAUUCAACUGGUUGAACUUGUCUAUUACGUGGAAGAGCUGGACUCCAGCCUGACUGCCAACUUCCCUCUACUGAAGGCCCUGAAAGCCAGAGUCAGCAACCUCCCCACGGUGAAGAAGUUCCUGCAGCCUGGCAGCCAGAGGAAGCCUCCCAUGGAUGAGGAAUCUUUAGAAGAAGCCAGGAAGAUUUUCAGGUUGAAAUAAAGCAGGCAUGGAUGUCAAGCACACGCAAGACAAAUCCGAAAUUUUAUAGCAAUGGAGUGCUUUCCAAGU